CCGCCUGCGCUCGCAGAGAUCCAAGGAAUUCAACAGCAGGAGGUGACGUCAGAAUCCCGUAUUUUGCAGUUGAUAUGGAGUAGAACAUUUAACCAUGUUUCUGACUUUAGUUUUCGCAUUUUCGGUGGCUUUCCCCCCCCGCAAAAUACUUUUGUUUUAACUUUGCGAGAGAGGCAUUGAGCAGUGAUAGCAUGACAAAUUCGUGUUUUUUUUUUGAGAUUGGAAGGCUCCUAGAUCUCUCCUCGCAAACAACAGGGGAAGUGCCCCCUGUCCUUUGUCUGCUUCGGGUGUUUUUAAAGUAUUCGACAUGGACAUUUACGGAUACAAUGGUGUUUUUCUGGUCAAAAGACCGUUUAAUAAUGCAGUUUUUGAGAUUUCGAAUAUGUCAGACAUUACGAAGGCGAACCCUCAGGGAUGCGAUAACGGGGCUUUGACAAACAGAUUCGGAGUCUUGAUUCAAGGGUUGUUGGCCAUAGUUGCCUUCAGCACAUUGAUGGUGAAGAGGUUCCGUGAACCCGUAGGGAUCAGAAGACCGUGGAGGAUCUGGUUUUACGACAUGUCCAAGCAGGCCAUUGGCGCUCUCUUCAUCCACUUCGCCAAUGUGUUCCUCUCCAACCUCACAGAAAUGGACCCCUGUUCCCUGUAUUUGAUCAAUUUCCUGCUCGAUGCCACGCUAGGCAUGCUGGUCAUCUGGGUGGGGGUCAGGGUUGUCUCCAGGAUCGUGGAGUACAAGCAGUUCGCACUGCUCACCUUUGGAGAAUACGGUGACCCUCCCCAGGCCGCAGCGUGGCUCGGUCAGUGUGGUGUCUACCUUCUCAUCAUGGUCCUGGAGAAGAGUGUAGUCAGCUUGGUGCUGCUCAUUCCAGGAUGGACCAAUCUGCAGUCUGUGUUGCUGGACUACAUCCCUAACCCUCAGGUGGACCUUGUGUUGGUCAUGCUCAUCGUGCCCGUCAUUGUCAACUCCAUCAUGUUCUGGGUGGUGGACAGUCUGAUGAUGAGGAAGUACAAGAGCCUGGAUGACUCCUGUGACCCCUCGACCAAGGUCGUCUCCAUGGUGCCGUGGGUUACUGGCGACGAGUCACAGGUCCUGUUGCCCGUCGACACAGACGCUGAGGAGGAGGAUAGUCCAACAAUGGAUCCGAGGAGGGUCCCGCUCUAGCCUCCCAGUAGUGGGCAUAAUACCUAGCUGGGUGAAGGUGUAGCUCUGGUAUCCUUCUCUAAAAGACCCCGACACACACGCUGACCCGCACCACACACAAACAAAUCACACGCAUUUGCUUUUUUCAAUUGUACACAUCCCAAUGAUGUCUUUGAUGAUGACUUGGCUGUUAGAGGAUGUUGAAUGUUAUAUUAACUAUGCUUUAUGAUGGAGGGGGCUAUAAGCUUGGUGGGGGCUAUAAAGUGUCUCGUAAUGGAGAUGAUUAGAGAGCACAGUGAUGAUGAAAGAGUAAAUCUGUCCUCUCUCACGGGGGGGAUUUUGUGAAAAGGGUGUUUGUUGAUCUCCAAAGAGCUCCUUGACAUACCGUAUCAACUUCUAAAGAGUAGCGGUAAGGUGUCAGUACAAUCUCCUCUGUUUUCCUUCAUCAUACAGAUAACUGCUUAGUUCAAACCUCGACAUACAUCAUCUAAUGAUCUGUAAUUAAAUACGUUUUGGACCUGUAGUAUUCAGUAGAAUCCACUACUAGUGUCCUUGUCUCCUUUCCUCCUUCGCCACUAACAAGUGGAAGGUCUGGGUAGUUUCAAUCAUAUGGAUUGCAACGUCCACUCAUAUCAGUUGUCAGACUAUUGUAACUCAGCCCGAGAAGUUGGACCUUUUUAAAGUUGGAAAUGUUUUAUCUGAGUUGGACUGUAGUGGUCUGGAACAGUUCUUCACACUUAUCCAGAGGAUGUUUUAACAAGGUGGAAAAUGGACCAGAUCAUUUUAUAUUCCUCGUGGAUGUCCAUUUGGGAUUGAUUUGGACUUAUACAAAUAUUUGCAAUGUUUCUGAUAUGAAGUAAAGAGCUUAGUGAUUUUGAA